GAUCCGCCUAAAUAACGGUGCAGGCCACACUUCAGGGUUUUCAGACAGAGACACUGCAAGAAGGAAAAACACCGUCAUGCCAGAAGGGUAAAAGCGGCGAGGUGGUCAUUUUCGCUUUCUCGAAUUGACUUAUUGAUCCACAGUGAUAGAGCACGUCCGAGUCAUCUGCAGUCUCUCCCUGAAGUCCAUGCGCGAAUAAAACGCUCGACUUUAAAUCACAGCAUAUGUUGAAAUUGAGUUGCAAAUCGCUGCGCGCGAUCGUUUUGUAAUCUUACCUCGACUUUGGAAAAAAAUUGCGUACAAACCAACAGACCACAAUGUCGCACGUUGAUCCAGGACCGAAAAAUGACUCGGACACGGAAAAGAAGACAGAACCAGCCCAGGACACUUCAUCAGGAGAAAUGGACGUCCCUAAAACUAAACUACUUGAUGCUAAGGCAAUCUUGUGGACUUUUGGCAAAUGUCUCACUGCCUUUUUGCCUGUUUACCUGGCGGGUUACUAUCGGGUGAGCACUAGUUUAGUGGUGUUUGGGAUGAUGGUUUACGCAGGAUGGAAACACACCCGUGAAGCGAAGGAGGCGAGACUGAAGUCCGCUGUGCAGUUAGUCAACGAAGAACAAGAAUACAUAUCCUCCAAAUCAUUUAGAAGUAGAAGAGACCUGCCUUCUUGGGUCAGUUUUCCAGAUGUGGAGAAGGUUGAAUGGCUAAACAAGGUUAUCCAGCAGGCCUGGCCAUAUAUCGGUCAGUAUUUGGAGAAGCUGCUGACGGAAACCAUUGCUCCUUCCAUCCGCGGCUCCAGCUCUCAUCUGCAGACGCUCAGCUUCACGAAGGUCGACUUUGGUGGCAAGCCGAUGAAGGUGGUUGGAGUGAAGGCCCAUUCAGAAAACAAGAAAGGUCAAAUUCUGCUUGACGUUUACAUCAGUUACGUGGGGGAUGUUGAGAUAAACGUGGAGGUGAAGAGGUAUUUCUGCAAGGCUGGUGUGAAGGGAAUACAGCUUCAUGGAAUGAUGCGUGUGAUUUUGGAGCCGCUGAUUGGUGACGUCCCAAUCGUGGGAGCUGUGACCAUGUUCUUCAUUCAAAGACCUAAACUGACCAUUAACUGGACUGGUUUGACCAAUCUGCUGGACAUUCCAGGACUCAAUGUGAUGUCAGAUACUAUGAUCAUGGAUGCGAUUGCUUCAUUCCUGGUUUUGCCCAAUCGUCUCACUGUUCCUCUAGUGGCAAACCUACAUGUGGCACAGCUGCGGUGCCCUUUACCCAGGGGAGUUGUGCGCAUUCACCUGGUGGAGGCUGAUGGUCUGGCUUCGAAGGAUAACAGUGUUGUGGCGGGUAUGUCUGACCCGUAUGCCCUGCUUAGAGUCGGCCCGCAAACCUUCAAAUCCCGCCAUCUGGACAACACGCUCAGUCCCAAAUGGGAUGAAAUGUAUGAGGUCAUCGUUCAUGAGGUGCCUGGUCAGGAGCUAGAGGUGGAAGUGUUUGAUAAAGAUCCCGAUCAAGAUGAUUUCCUGGGCAGAACAAAAUUAGACUUGGGGAUCGUGCAGAAAUCUAAGAUAGUGGAUGAGUGGUUCACGUUGAAGGACACCCCUACAGGACGGGUUCAUCUCAGACUGGAGUGGCUGACACUAGAAACUGACACAGGACGACUGGAAGAGGUUCUGAAGAGAAAUGAAAGUGUGGUGAGUAAAACAGCAAAGCCGCCCUCAGCAGCCAUCUUGGCAGUGUAUCUGGACAAGGCUGAGGCACUUCCUAUGAAGAAAGGAAAUAAGGAUCCCAAUCCUAUCGUUCAAAUCGCAGUGCAAGAUGUUACUCGUGACAGCCGGAUUUGCUGGAAUACAGUGAACCCCCAGUGGGAGGACGCUUUCACUUUCUUCAUCAGAGAUCCCAGCAAACAGGACAUUAACGUGCAGGUGAAGGAUAAUGACCGUGUUCAGGUUUUGGGAAGUCUGUCCAUUCCUGUUUCCCGUCUUCUCUCUUGUCAAGAUCUGAAUUUGGAUGAGUGGUUCAAUCUGGAUAAUUCUGGUCCAAAAAGCCGCAUCCACAUCAACACAGUGCUCAGGGUGCUCUGGUUGGAUGAAGUCGCUGCAGCUGCAGCUGCCUCUCUCCUCUCCAGUGACCCUCUUUCAAAGAGUUCUGCCUCACGUCCACAAAAGACGACGCCCCAUUCCAGCUUCGCCACUGAGGGGAUGCUGCGUGUCCACCUCGUGGAGGGUCAAAAUCUGGUCGCGAAGGACAAUCUGAUGGGUGGGAUGGUGAAGGGCAAGAGUGACCCGUACGUCAAGAUCCAAGUCGGAGGUGAAACCUUUAAAAGUCAAGUGAUCAAGGAGAACCUCAACCCCGCCUGGAAUGAGAUGUAUGAGGUGGUUUUGACGCAGCUUCCUGGUCAAGAGUUGACCUUAGAAGUUUUUGAUAGGGACAUGGACAUGAAAGAUGACUUUAUGGGCAGGCUGAAGAUGAAUCUGAGUGAUAUAAUUAGCUCCGAAUACAUAAACGAGUGGUUUACUCUGAGCGAUGUUAAGCGUGGCCGUGUUCAUCUGGCUCUGGAGUGGCUGCCCACUGUAACACAACCAGAGAAGCUACAGCAGGUGUUGCAGUACCAGUCAAAGAGCUCGUACCUGAAUAAGACAGUGCCGACAGCCGCUCUCCUGUUUGUGUAUGUGGAGCGCGCACAUGAGCUUCCUUUGAAGAAGAGUGGAAAGGAGCCUAAAGUUGGUGCUGAGCUGAUCUUGAGAAGAACUUCUCAUAGAACCACGGUCUCUGACCGCACCAGCUCUCCCCAGUGGGACGAGGCAUUUCACUUCCUGGUUCGAGAUCCAUUGAACGAGCACCUUGUUGUGAAGUUGUCCCACAACUGGGACUUCUCUCUGGGAUCUGUGGUGAUUCCCAUCAAAGAGCUUCUCUCUGAACCAGAUCUGAUGCUGGACCAGUGGCUCGAUCUGGAUGGAGCGUCACCCCAGAGUCAGAUUCUGCUCAGAGCUCAGCUGAAGAUUCUUUGCCCUAAAGAGACGGAGAGCUCUGAAGACCAUGAGGAGCCAAAACAUCCGAAAGCGUCCAGCUUUAGAAGAAAACCGGAGGAGGAAUUAGUGCAGAAGUCUAGUAUUGAGGAGGUCCCACCAUCUCCUGUAAGCAGGACCUCCUCUGUGUCAGUCCCAGAAGAGGAGGAAGUCUCUGAGGUCACAGAGGUCCCAGAAGUUUCCAGUUCAGAUGACCUUCGACCCUUGCACACCAGCCCUGACCCCAGCUUUGGUGCCGAGGGUGUGCUCCGCCUCCACCUGCUGGAAGCUCAGGAUCUGGUAGCGAAGGACAACAUGAUGGGAGGGAUGGUGAAGGGAAAGAGCGACCCGUACGUCAAGAUUCAUAUCGGAGACACAACCUUUAAGAGUCAUGUGAUCAAGGAGAACCUCAACCCCACCUGGAACGAGAUGUAUGAGCUGGUUCUGACCUCCAGCUCGACCUCUGAUGUCCUUGUGGAGGUUUUCGACAAGGAUAUGGACAAAGAUGACUUUUUAGGGAGGGUGAAGAUCAGCUUACAGCAGAUCAUUCAGUCUCAGCUGACUGACGAAUGGUUUUCUCUGAAUGACGUCAAACACGGCCGGGUUCACAUGAUUCUGGAGUGGCUUCCCACAGUCACACAACCUGACAGACUACAACAGGCGCUGCAGUUACAGUCCGAGCAUUCGUACCAGAACAAAUCUGUGCCAUCAGCAGCUCUGUUCUUCAUUCUCUUGGAGAGAGCUCAUGACCUGCCGCUGAAGAAGAGUGGAAAGGAGCCUAAAGCUGCUGCAGAGCUGGUGUUGGGUGACAUUUCCCAUAAAACCAAGGUGUGUGAGCGCUCCACGUCCCCUGAGUGGAGUGAAGCUUUUCACUUCCUGCUUCAUAACCCAAAAGAGGAGAUUCUUAUUAUAAAGCUUUCAAGUGACUUUGAGCAGCCCUUAGGCUCAGUGGUUCUACCAAUCAGAGAGCUGCUUUCAAAGCCAGAUCUACUGAUGGACCAGUGGUUGAGUCUGGAUGGAGCAGGUCCUGACACUCAGAUUCUUCUGAGGGCACAGCUUAAGAUUUUGGACUCAAGAUUGGAUACAAGUGUCCUUCAUCGUAAAAAGCCUGUUGUUGAAGAAGAGCAUUCAGUGGGUGAACAGCACAAAGAAAAAGCUCCAGUCGCUGUUGAACUCUCACAAGCUGCAGUCAGUAAAGUGUCCGAGAAGAAAACACUGCCAACAAAAGGGGUCAGUGAACUGGCAGCCUCUACUUUACCACUUCCUGAAGAACAUCAGAAACAAACAGACACCCAUGAUAUAGAUGACCAUCACACGCCAUCUGUACCCAAAACACAGCCUGCCCCUGAGGAUCUCAGUAAAGUUCCUGAUUUCACUCCCAGUGAAGGUGGAUACAUGAAACCAGUCAAAACAUUUGGAUCAGCCCACGAAGAGCAAAAACCAGAAGAGCAGUCUCACAAGAAGGUUUCCCCCAGUGCUCCUGCAGAGGAGUCAAAAGUCAGUAGUUCUACAGACAUUCGACCCCAAAAGACCCGCCAUGACCCCAGCUUUGGCACCAAGGGGGUGCUGCGUAUCCAUCUUUUGGAAGCUCAGGAUCUGGUAGCGAAGGACAACAUGAUGGGAGGGAUGGUGAAGGGAAAGAGCGACCCGUACGUCAAGAUUCAUAUCGGAGACACAACCUUUAAGAGUCAUGUGAUCAAGGAGAACCUCAACCCCACCUGGAACGAGAUGUAUGAGCUGGUUCUGACCUCCAGCUCGACCUCUGAUGUCCUUGUGGAGGUUUUCGACAAGGAUAUGGACAAAGAUGACUUUUUAGGGAGGGUGAAGAUCAGCUUACAGCAGAUCAUUCAGUCUCAGCUGACUGACGAAUGGUUUUCUCUGAAUGACGUCAAACACGGCCGGGUUCACAUGAUUCUGGAGUGGCUUCCCACAGUCACACAACCUGACAGACUACAACAGGCGCUGCAGUUACAGUCCGAGCAUUCGUACCAGAACAAAUCUGUGCCAUCAGCAGCUCUGUUCUUCAUUCUCUUGGAGAGAGCUCAUGACCUGCCGCUGAAGAAGAGUGGAAAGGAGCCUAAAGCUGCUGCAGAGCUGGUGUUGGGUGACAUUUCCCAUAAAACCAAGGUGUGUGAGCGCUCCACGUCCCCUGAGUGGAGUGAAGCUUUUCACUUCCUGCUUCAUAACCCAAAAGAGGAGAUUCUUAUUAUAAAGCUUUCAAGUGACUUUGAGCAGCCCUUAGGCUCAGUGGUUCUACCAAUCAGAGAGCUGCUUUCAAAGCCAGAUCUACUGAUGGACCAGUGGUUGAGUCUGGAUGGAGCAGGUCCUGACACUCAGAUUCUUCUGAGGGCACAGCUUAAGAUUUUGGACUCAAGAUUGGAUACAAGUGUCCUUCAUCGUAAAAAGCCUGUUGUUGAAGAAGAGCAUUCAGUGGGUGAACAGCACAAAGAAAAAGCUCCAGUCGCUGUUGAACUCUCACAAGCUGCAGUCAGUAAAGUGUCCGAGAAGAAAACACUGCCAACAAAAGGGGUCAGUGAACUGGCAGCCUCUACUUUACCACUUCCUGAAGAACAUCAGAAACAAACAGACACCCAUGAUAUAGAUGACCAUCACACGCCAUCUGUACCCAAAACACAGCCUGCCCCUGAGGAUCUCAGUAAAGUUCCUGAUUUCACUCCCAGUGAAGGUGGAUACAUGAAACCAGUCAAAACAUUUGGAUCAGCCCACGAAGAGCAAAAACCAGAAGAGCAGUCUCACAAGAAGGUUUCCCCCAGUGCUCCUGCAGAGGAGUCAAAAGUCAGUAGUUCUACAGACAUUCGACCCCAAAAGACCCGCCAUGACCCCAGCUUUGGCACCAAGGGGGUGCUGCGUAUCCAUCUUUUGGAAGCUCAGGAUCUGGUAGCGAAGGACAACAUGAUGGGAGGGAUGGUGAAGGGAAAGAGCGACCCGUACGUCAAGAUUCAUAUCGGAGACACAACCUUUAAGAGUCAUGUGAUCAAGGAGAACCUCAACCCCACCUGGAACGAGAUGUAUGAGCUGGUUCUGACCUCCAGCUCGACCUCUGAUGUCCUUGUGGAGGUUUUCGACAAGGAUAUGGACAAAGAUGACUUUUUAGGGAGGGUGAAGAUCAGCUUACAGCAGAUCAUUCAGUCUCAGCUGACUGACGAAUGGUUUUCUCUGAAUGACGUCAAACACGGCCGGGUUCACAUGAUUCUGGAGUGGCUUCCCACAGUCACACAACCUGACAGACUACAACAGGCGCUGCAGUUACAGUCCGAGCAUUCGUACCAGAACAAAUCUGUGCCAUCAGCAGCUCUGUUCUUCAUUCUCUUGGAGAGAGCUCAUGACCUGCCGCUGAAGAAGAGUGGAAAGGAGCCUAAAGCUGCUGCAGAGCUGGUGUUGGGUGACAUUUCCCAUAAAACCAAGGUGUGUGAGCGCUCCACGUCCCCUGAGUGGAGUGAAGCUUUUCACUUCCUGCUUCAUAACCCAAAAGAGGAGAUUCUUAUUAUAAAGCUUUCAAGUGACUUUGAGCAGCCCUUAGGCUCAGUGGUUCUACCAAUCAGAGAGCUGCUUUCAAAGCCAGAUCUACUGAUGGACCAGUGGUUGAGUCUGGAUGGAGCAGGUCCUGACACUCAGAUUCUUCUGAGGGCACAGCUUAAGAUUUUGGACUCAAGAUUGGAUACAAGUGUCCUUCAUCGUAAAAAGCCUGUUGUUGAAGAAGAGCAUUCAGUGGGUGAACAGCACAAAGAAAAAGCUCCAGUCGCUGUUGAACUCUCACAAGCUGCAGUCAGUAAAGUGUCCGAGAAGAAAACACUGCCAACAAAAGGGGUCAGUGAACUGGCAGCCUCUACUUUACCACUUCCUGAAGAACAUCAGAAACAAACAGACACCCAUGAUAUAGAUGACCAUCACACGCCAUCUGUACCCAAAACACAGCCUGCCCCUGAGGAUCUCAGUAAAGUUCCUGAUUUCACUCCCAGUGAAGGUGGAUACAUGAAACCAGUCAAAACAUUUGGAUCAGCCCACGAAGAGCAAAAACCAGAAGAGCAGUCUCACAAGAAUGUUUCCCCCAGUGCUCCUGCAGAGGAGUCAAAAGUCAGUAGUUCUACAGACAUUCGACCCCAAAAGACCCGCCAUGACCCCAGCUUUGGCACCAAGGGGGUGCUGCGUAUCCAUCUUUUGGAAGCUCAGGAUCUGGUAGCGAAGGACAACAUGAUGGGAGGGAUGGUGAAGGGAAAGAGCGACCCGUACGUCAAGAUUCAUAUCGGAGACACAACCUUUAAGAGUCAUGUGAUCAAGGAGAACCUCAACCCCACCUGGAACGAGAUGUAUGAGCUGGUUCUGACCUCCAGCUCGACCUCUGAUGUCCUUGUGGAGGUUUUCGACAAGGAUAUGGACAAAGAUGACUUUUUAGGGAGGGUGAAGAUCAGCUUACAGCAGAUCAUUCAGUCUCAGCUGACUGACGAAUGGUUUUCUCUGAAUGACGUCAAACACGGCCGGGUUCACAUGAUUCUGGAGUGGCUUCCCACAGUCACACAACCUGACAGACUACAACAGGCGCUGCAGUUACAGUCCGAGCAUUCGUACCAGAACAAAUCUGUGCCAUCAGCAGCUCUGUUCUUCAUUCUCUUGGAGAGAGCUCAUGACCUGCCGCUGAAGAAGAGUGGAAAGGAGCCUAAAGCUGCUGCAGAGCUGGUGUUGGGUGACAUUUCCCAUAAAACCAAGGUGUGUGAGCGCUCCACGUCCCCUGAGUGGAGUGAAGCUUUUCACUUCCUGCUUCAUAACCCAAAAGAGGAGAUUCUUAUUAUAAAGCUUUCAAGUGACUUUGAGCAGCCCUUAGGCUCAGUGGUUCUACCAAUCAGAGAGCUGCUUUCAAAGCCAGAUCUACUGAUGGACCAGUGGUUGAGUCUGGAUGGAGCAGGUCCUGACACUCAGAUUCUUCUGAGGGCACAGCUUAAGAUUUUGGACUCAAGAUUGGAUACAAGUGUCCUUCAUCGUAAAAAGCCUGUUGUUGAAGAAGAGCAUUCAGUGGGUGAACAGCACAAAGAAAAAGCUCCAGUCGCUGUUGAACUCUCACAAGCUGCAGUCAGUAAAGUGUCCGAGAAGAAAACACUGCCAACAAAAGGGGUCAGUGAACUGGCAGCCUCUACUUUACCACUUCCUGAAGAACAUCAGAAACAAACAGACACCCAUGAUAUAGAUGACCAUCACACGCCAUCUGUACCCAAAACACAGCCUGCCCCUGAGGAUCUCAGUAAAGUUCCUGAUUUCACUCCCAGUGAAGGUGGAUACAUGAAACCAGUCAAAACAUUUGGAUCAGCCCACGAAGAGCAAAAACCAGAAGAGCAGUCUCACAAGAAGGUUUCCCCCAGUGCUCCUGCAGAGGAGUCAAAAGUCAGUAGUUCUACAGACAUUCGACCCCAAAAGACCCGCCAUGACCCCAGCUUUGGCACCAAGGGGGUGCUGCGUAUCCAUCUUUUGGAAGCUCAGGAUCUGGUAGCGAAGGACAACAUGAUGGGAGGGAUGGUGAAGGGAAAGAGCGACCCGUACGUCAAGAUUCAUAUCGGAGACACAACCUUUAAGAGUCAUGUGAUCAAGGAGAACCUCAACCCCACCUGGAACGAGAUGUAUGAGAUGAUUCUGAGCCCUGAUCAUAAUCUAGACGUGAAGUUUGAGGUCUAUGAUAAGGAUUUUGAAUCCGAUGAUUUCCUUGGAAGGUUCAAGCUCAAACUCGGACAUAUCAUCAGUUCCCAGUACAAUGAUGAAUGGUUUACUCUGAAUGAUAUAAAACACGGUCGAGUCCAUUUGGUCCUGGAAUGGCUUCCCACCUCAACGCAGCGGGAUAGAUUGGAUCAAGUAAUGAAGAUGCAAAGCUCUCAGACCUACGAGAACAAGUCUGUGCCGUCAGCAGCGUUGUUGUUUAUUCACUUAGAAAGAGCUCAUGAUCUUCCUAUGAAGAAAAGUGGAAAGGAACCCAAAGCUGCUGCUGAACUUGUUCUUGGAGGAGCAUCCUAUAAAACCAAGGUGUGUGAUCGCUCCUGUUCUCCUUACUGGAAUGAAGCAUUUGACUUUCUGGUUUAUGACCCCAAAAAAGACAUACUUGUCAUUAAGCUCUCAAGUGCCUGGGACCAACCCAUGGGCUCUUUGGUUCUUCCAAUCAGAGAGCUGCUUUCAAAACCAGAUCUACUGAUGGACCAAUGGCUUGAUCUGGAUGGAGCUUCACCAAAGAGCCAGAUCCUACUCAGGGCACAGCUGAAGAUCUUGGAUUCAAAAAUGGCUGCUUUAGUGGCCAUGGGUUCAGGUCCAGUGUUGAGUAAUAAGCAGGCGGCCAAAACAGGUCAGAUCAAAAUCUCCCUCUCCUUCCAGAAGAAGCUGACAGUGAUCAUCCAUGCAUGCAGGGCUCUGGUUACAUCAUCUAAGGACAGCUUAGACACCUACGUCUCCCUCAUUCUGCUGCCGGAUAAAAGCAAGGCCACCAAAAGAAAGACGGCUGUGAAGAAGAAAAAUCUGAACCCUGAGUUCAAUGAAAGGUUUGAGUUUGAUAUGAGUGUGGAGGACGCCCAGAGACGAGAGCUCAGCGUUUGUGUGAAGAACGCAUCCUCGUCCUUCAUGAGUCGAGACAAAGACGUGAUCGGCCAGGUGCAGAUAGACCUGGGACAUGUUGAUAUAGUCUCUGGAGUCACAGAAUGGUUUGAUCUGAAAGAAGAGCAGAACUAGCAGCCAACGUUAAACCUCUUCCUGAAGUUCUUCAGGUUAACUUUGCUGUCAUGUAUCUCUGCCAGUGCUUCCCUUCCACCUGUUUUUAUAACUUCACAAACACACACAUAUAUCUUUCCUCCAUCUAUCGAUCAACAGAUGGUUUUUGAGUGACAAGAUUAUAUGAUAUGAUUGAGCUAAGUGAUUUGAACAUAUUACUGCAUUGACAAAUCAAGUUUGGAGUAUUACAUCAGGACUGAUAUAUAAAUUUGUGAUAUCUGUACAAAUCAGUAUCAGAUGACUGAAUGUUAACUGUAUGGACAUGUACAGAGCCGUUGAGCAGUUGUCUGGAAAGAGUCUCGUCUUCACAUGCAGAUUGCAGGACGUUGCAUUUGUUUACAUUCAGAAGGAAAAGGAUGUUUUUAAAAAAAAAAUUAAACCAAAGAAAUAUUUCUUUUUCUUUAUUGAAAAUGGAAGGAUACAUUACUAGGUCUAAAUGUACACAUUUAUGAAGUAUUAUAAUUGACAGAAAUGUGUGCACCAAAAAUAUAAAGUGGUGUUAUUUAGACAGUCUACACAUGACCACCUAAAAACGAUUUAAGAUAUUUAAUGUGCCAUUUAUUGUGUUGCAUUUGGAUGAAUAGCUGCUGUUAACAAAAUCCAUGUGGCUUAAGCAACUUCUGUAGUCCAUUGUGAUGCCAAAUAUCUAAAAACUCAAUUUUUUGGCUAGAAAUAUGACUUUAACAUUUGCAUGUUACAUUGUGUUUGAUUUUAGGCCUUAAAAAAAAAAGUUAUUUUGUGGUAAUUUUUAUUUGCAUUCAUUUAUGUUACCAUUUAUGACAGUCCACAUAGGGUUACCAAACUUGUUAAAACCUUGAAACAACAGAAUUUAAAUUGAUUUCCAGGCCUCAUCAUACAAUGUUAAAUUCUCAGUUAUUUCUAAAGGGAGUAUACAUUUCUGGUUGAGACAUUGAGUUUCAGAGUGAUAUUGAAUCAAAUGCACUGAGCUGCAUUCAGAGCUCAGGCUCUAUUUUUCUUUUUCUGUUUAGAGAUUUUGUACUCCAUGUGUGGUUGUAUAAAUCACUUCCUUCCAAGGAUUGGUACCCAGGUUACAAAUGAAACUCCAGAAAUAUCUAAAAUGAUUUGAAUGAUACUUCACUAAUAGUUGGAUAUCGUGAUAAUGAACAACUGUGUUGUGGAAGUUGUGGAAUCAUUAGUUAAAAGGGUAGGAACCUUAUAUAAGAGCUAAUACAAAAGCAAAUGCUUUUGCUAAGCUUUGUUUAUGUUUUCAUGAUUUUUCAUGUUUAUAAUAUACUUAAUCUAGAACUACCAUUCAAAGGUUUGGGGUCAGCAAGAUGUUUUAAAUCCUUUUAUUCAGCAAAGACAAAUUUAAUUGAUCAAAAGUGACAUUUAUAACUUUACAAAAUAUUUUUAUUUCAAAUAAAUGCAGUUCUUUUGAACUUUCUUUUCAUCAAAGAAUCAUAAAAUAAACAUUUUACUGUAUUUUUGAUUAAAUAAAUGCAACACUGUUAAGAAUAAGAGACUUAAAAUCAGACAAAAAAAAUCAUAGUCCCCAAACAUUUGAAGGGUCAAGUAUUUUUUUCUUGUCAUGUUUACUUUACUAGUUUGAGUUCAUAUUUUGCUGCAGUCCAUUUGUUUUCUAUCACUGUGUGCAUGUUACUUAUACUUUCACAAGUUGUAUAUUCUACAUUAUAACAUGCUGUAAUGUGUCGAGAUUUAUGUGCAAACUGGUAAAUACCAAAGAACCAAACCAUGCUCAAGGCAACCAUGUUCAGCUGAACUGCACUAUUCAUACUGCCACACAUUUCUCAAUGUAUUAUCUCAUAUCCACAGCUAUCAAUAAAACAGUUAUGGCAUCAGAA